AUGGAUGCGCAUCGUCAAAGAGAGCUGAGGUGGAUAUCAACCAUGUCAUCCGUUCCCCCUUCGCAGUCCCGGAAGAGCAAGAAGAUACGUAAACUUGUGCUGGAGGGUGUUCCCGCGUCCGUGCGUUACCUGGUAUGGGCACACUUAACGGACAGCAAGGCGAAGCGUAUGGAUGGGCUCUACGGGCGCUUGGGGCAACGUGAACGAGUCGCUCAAAUAGCGGACAUCGAACAUGAUUCUCAAAAAAAAUUUCAUGACCAACCUCUACAACAUCAAUGUCUUGUCAAUGUACUACAAGCGUACCUCUCUAUGGUACCAGAUAUCCAGUAUACAAGGGGACUUGCCGUAGUUGCAAGUCAACUUCUCAUGCAAUCCCCGGAGGAAGAUGCCUUCUGGACCUUUGUCUCGCUGAUGGACUCCCAUCUCAGGCCCUACUUCUCACGAAGCAACGUACAACUAGAUGUCGAUGCUUCUCUUUUUCUGAAAGCGUUGGAAAUCAACGACCCUGCUGUAUCGAAAAGGAUCUUCGUUGACAUGGCUAUCCAACCCAUGGCUAUCUGUAGACCCUGGUUCUGCUAUGUGUUCACGGACUCCUUCACAUCAGACUACCUCCUCCGCAUCUGGGAUGUGUUUUUGUUUGAGGGUGUAACCGUCCUGUUCCGUGUCGGUCUGGCCAUUGUGUCGUGUUGCCGCCAACUUCUACUCCAGUCUAAAGAUCAAGAUGCGCUGUUGAAGAUUUUGGCCCAUCCUCCGCUCAUGUGCCUUCCGUCCAACCCUGACACCUUUUUGGAGCUCGUGUUCUCAGUGAAAUUGAAAGACGAAGACUUGCGUAAGCAAAGAGCGAAACUGGAGGCACAAUUCAAGCGUCAGACUCAGCCACGGCCGUCUUUGUCCUCCAUCGGAUCUCGUGGUCCUACCCCUCCUAUCUCCUUGCCGAAGAGCGGCCCUUAG